AUGAAAAUUUUGGAUGUGGGUGUGAGUGGUGAAUUCUUCCCUAUAGAGAGAGCCUAUCUUGCAUCAGCAACGUUCUUUUUCUCCACGAUCACGCUACAAUGGGGUAGAGUAUAUCCUCUAUUACUUUAUAUGAGCGUUUAUAUCUUAGGUUGUGGAUGUUUAUAUAAACCAAAGGGAUUGAAAACAGCUAGAAAGCUCAGAAAUCAUCGUCGUGUCCAAAGAUGGAACGAUAAGCAAUACAAGAAGGCUCACUUUGGUACUGCUUUGAAGGCCAAUCCAUUCGGAGGUGCUUCUCACGCAUCCGGUAUCGUCGUCCAACGUCUCGGUAUCGAAGCCAAGCAGCCUAACUCUGCUAUUCGUAAGUGUGUCAGAGUUCAACUCAAGAAGAACGGUAAGAAGGUUACCGCCUUCGUCCCAUGUGACGGUUGUCUCAACUACAUCCAAGAAAACGACAAGGUCUUGGUAGCUGGUUUCGGUCGUUCCGGUCAUGCCGUCGGUGAUAUUCCGGGUGUACGUUUCAAGAUUGUUAAAGUAUCAUCUGUAUCCUUGCUUGCUAUCUACCGUGGUAAGAAGGAAAAGCCAAACGUAUAA